AUGUGUUCUGGGCUUUGUUCCGCCCACAGCUCCAUCGAAAUCGUAAAUUACAAGUACCGCGCUAGUGACAGACCAGGCCUCGGAGGCACAACAGCUGACGUAAUAUCUUGUUCCCCCCCCCCCCCCACCCCUGUUGAUCCCUUUAAGUGGGCCCAUAAAACUUCAUAUGGCUGCGCGCGCUGUAGUGGCAAUGGGUUUGAUGGAGAUGUUUACUUUGCUUACAAGCUUCCGAAUCAAGCUAGUCAUAUUCGGAUGGUCUCUUAA